CCCAAAACCGGUCAACAACCCUCUUGGCCCUAUAAUGAGUAUAACGUCGCAAUAGCUCCUUCUCUAAUGUAUAUUCUUUUUCUUUUUCCUUUCCAUUCUUGUUGAUACUAUUCGUUGACCCCUUCCGCUUCGGCUGGAUACAUGGCCGACCCAGAAGCGACUCUACAAGCAGCCAUCGGGUCAUUGGGAGGUGACGACUCUACGAAUUCCUAUACCGUUCACCGUCUCAGACACGCAACUCCCGAGCACCUCUACAUCACCACUCGUCGUUGCUUCAUCGGUCCCAUUCCCGAGGGCUGGCUCAGGAGCCAUCGCAAAGAAUGGUACAAACACUACCUGGGUAUCCAUCAUUCGUCCAAAGCCCCGUCGUUCUCUGCUUCGUCCAACGUUGACCGCCGCCGUCGUCUUACUGGUCUCGACGUCCCGAGCGCAUCUGCUGCAUACCGAGCAAGCUUCCCUCAACCCGAUAACGUCGAUGGAGACGCCGACCAGGACGAUGACGAUGACGAGAAUGGAGAGGGCCAAGGUUCUGGAGGGGGAGGACUGCACAUAAUAUCAACCAUCGAUGAGGUUGAAGACGGCGCCGAGUCAGAUGGAGAAGCUACAAUCAGAGCGCCGGUCGCUCUUGAUAUACCAAGAGCAGGACCAAGCGACCCUGGUCUUUUGAAAGAGGCUGAAGGCAACGAGGAGGUGCUAUCCUCAUACACAACCGCUCAUACUGUGACUUCUCCUUCCACACCAACGCCUUUGGCUACCCCCAGACCCGGCGACGGGCAGUCUGAUUACAUGACUUCGCGCCCCACGGAUACAUUUCGCAGGCGUCAGACCUCGGACACGUCUUUCGUUACCGCUUCCGACGGUGGCUCAAUCAUUAUGGAUGAACCAGGUGCUGUUUCUCCGAUGCAGCCUGUCUCCCCCAGUGAUGACGGCUCCACGCCAAGGAACAGCCCUCGAGCUGGUGAAGAGCGAAGUAGUGCUUCCUUUGAAACAACAACUCCCAUGACUCCAGGACCUACAACUUCCGACACGUUCCUUCUCGGCUCCCAACAUAGUCAGCAACUAGAUCAGGGCAUGGCUGGGAAAGAUGCAGCAGGCACCGGGGAGAAUGCUAGAGGGCAGCAAGAAACAACGCAAGACGUGGGGACUGGGAAUGCCAACAAUGCUGAGCUUAGGUCUCCUGGCCUUGUCAGAUUCAAUAUUCCAGAAAACCCCGUCUUGAAGCAAGAGAUGCAGGUGCGAGCUAAGAUGGCACAAGGCACUCGCAAACGGCUGUCUAGAAGAUUCACACGAGGAAAGCUCAAGGAUGGAGAGAUUGUGAAAGUGGAGAAAAUGCUCGUUCGUCUUGACAUCACAACUGGCUCGGAACAACCCAACGAUGAUUACGACGAGAAAGACAGCCAACGAGUCGAGACACGAAUUACUGAAAAGUGGAGAGAGUUCAUGGUUGUAUGUCGAGAGAGCCACGAGGAUGAUGCAGUCCUGUGUCUGCAGAUGUACAAAACCAGAGUCAUUCCCGCCACAAAUGAGAGCAAGACCAAGAAACGUUUCAAACAUCAAAUCUUGCUGGACCCCACGAAGCUCAAAGUCAACCUCUACAGCAGUUUGGACAAAACUCUCGUACUCUGGCAAGCGAAAGGCCCUCAAACCAUCAUUUGUUUCCUCCGACCACAAACAACUCCCAGUGCUGUAGAAUGGUACACGUUCUUACGAGGUGUACUCGGACUACAUCGACCGCGUACCCUCCAUAUCAACAUACCAGACCUGAGCGUUGGCCUCAGACUCGACAACCCAUUUGAAGAGCUUGAAUCGUCAGAAGCAUUACAACAAGCUGCAGACGGUGAUGAGGCUGCUAUUGCCAAGGCCAUGCAAGCUGAGAGAGCCAUCGCAUCAAAGAUCAUUGAUCGUUGUUUCGACAUGUUGGCUCAAAAUCCGGAGUGGGAUGACAUACUCAAGAUAUGGGGUCACAAAUCAAAGAUUGGUCUUGCUUGGAAGCGUUACGACCGACUGGAAUGGGUGCAUGGAAUCAACGAGCAUAAGAUGUACGGCACGAUGGCGCUUCAACGGACUCACGAAUUAGAAUUGCGGCCUAAACAACACUAUCCGGUUUCCGUCAAGAUGGCCAGUGGUGAAUCCAUGCAGGAGCCUGCUCCUGUCGAAGGCUUUCUCAUCCGCCUGACAUCGCAGAAAGGAAAUGAGCAGAAGUUCGGAAAGUUGUUCUACAAGAGGCUAUACUUCAGCACGCAGAACAACUACUUGCUCUUUCUGCGACCAGCCAAAGCAAAACCGCCACCGCCGCCCAAAAUGCCGAUGAAAGAGAACUCGAACAUACCAAGCGCCAAGCAGAUUGCAGAGAAGAUCCCUCUGAUAUAUGCAGUCAAUCCCUUCCCAUUACUUGGUGACACUGUAGCGUGGUUGGCAGGAUCUGCGAACGAUGCUGAAGACAGAAAGAGGCACGACCGCGAUGCUUAUGAUGAGGCAGAACGUAAUGCACUGUCAUUACUAGACUGCGACGGUUUCAUCAAUCUGGCGGACGUAGUGGAAGUCCGUAACGCUAUCAGAGGUGCAACACCAGCCGAUGAAGCUGUAGAUGAGGGCCUUCAAGUCGACUUCGAUGAGGAAGUCGAGGACAGCCAUCAUGAUGAUGGUACGACAAAAGACUUCGACGACGAGAGAACAUUCGAACUUCUCAUGCGCAACGGACUAGUCGUACGCUUACAAGCUUUCAGUAAGGCAACCAAGAAGGAGUGGAUAAAACGCCUCCGAGCCUUGGCCAAAUACUGGACGCGACGAGCUUUUCAAGAUUUGGCUCUGUUCAAGUUGGUCCGUCAGCAAAAUCUGGACACACUGAACCUUGAUAUGCAAGCAGAAGCGUACGUCGGCAUGUUCGCGCACAAGUGGGAGGUCACGAAAUCUUUCGCAUCACCUGAGCUGUACAACGUGUGCGGUAUAUCAAACUGCCGCGCGAUCCACCGCUCAGGGAUACUCUUCCGCAAACCCCGUGUCCACGGCACAUUCUCACGUUGCCAUGUUAUCCUUUGUCAUGGUCAUCUUCUGGUCUUUAAAGACACAGUACGAAGCACUACGGGUAAGAAGGUCUCUCACAUCCACCACGAACGCAUUGCAUCCAUCGACCUUCGCGGCUGCUAUCUCUACUCUGGUCUCAUUACUGCGAAUGACUUGCUAUACCAGAACCGCACAUUCGACAAUAAUCGACCUGGUAAUGAUGCUCUUCCGCGCAUGUAUCUCGAAGACGGAUGGGCUAGUGCAGACGAUGAUGCCAUGACUACGUUUGUACUAUGGACCGGACAACACAAGGGAUGGUUCAGAGCGAGAGAAGAAGACGGCAGCGAAGGGCAGCAGAAGAGUGGGGGUGCACGUAACAAGCUGAAGAGAGUGUCGCAGCUGGGCACUACAGGGCGGGCAAUAGUAUUCAAAGCGAGGAGUCGAACAGAAAGAGACCAUUGGGUAUUGGGAAUCGAGACGGAGAUUGAGAGAUUGUCUCAGGCAGAUGAUGUUAGGGUUGUGGGACAAGACCAAGGCACUCAGGAGUGAUGAUUGGCAACGUUGUUGACGGAGUCUAGGAAACCAAAGCUCCUACAUGAGCAUAGUGAGUAGCACCUAUUUAUCUAAUGUAAUACCUGCACAUGACGACUUGAGACGAAUGUCUUCACGUGUGUCGAGAUCCAACAG